UAACCUGUUUUAGCUGCUUUGGAUUAAAACCAAAAUGCAUCUACUAUUUCUUUGUCUUGUCUCCAUUUGCUUUAUAAACAUUACAACAGGCGCAGAUUGGUGUUAUGAGUCACAAGUGUCGUGUAACAGGUCUUGUCUUGGACCAGAAGAAUGGAACGAGGUUGCCGCUUCCUGUGAAGGACGAGUGCAGUCCCCCAUUAACAUUGUGACCAGGAAAACCCUGCUCGAUGAACGUCUCGUGCCUUUCACAUUCUCAGGCUAUGAAGAAGCGUUUCGCAGUCUCCUUAAAAACAAUGGCCACACAGUUGAAGUGGACCUGCCCCACAGUGCCAUGGUAAGUGGUGGUUCACUAGAAAGCACAUACAGGGCAGUACAGCUGCACUUGCACUGGGGCCAGAAUGGAGGAUCGGGAUCAGAACACACAAUUGACGGGGAGCAGUAUCCCAUGGAGCUGCAUAUAGUCCAUGUGAAGCAGGAAUACAGUUCCUUGGCUGAAGCUCUUGAAGACCCCACCGGAGUUGCAGUCCUCGGAUUUUUUUUCGAGACAUCAAAAAGUGCCAAUAAAAAAUAUGAGCCCAUCAUAAGAUCCUUGGGAAACAUUAAACAGUCUGGCUCCAACGCAUCUCUCAAUGGCCUCUCCCUGGAUAUGCUCAUCCCCGCAAAGGAGGACAUGCGAACGUACUACCGGUACCAGGGCUCCCUCACCACACCGGGCUGCUCCGAGGCGGUGGUCUGGACCCUGUUUCAAUGCACCAUUCCCCUCAGCAAGGAGCAGCUCUCCGCAUUUUCCGCUCUUCGGUUUAGUAGCGGUGAACCAAUGAUAGGGACGUUCCGCCCAGUGCAGCCGCUGAACGGCCGCAGGGUGUACCGAUCUGGAAGCGGCGCUGUUCUGGCCAGCACAAUCGCCCCGGUCAUCUCUGUCCUAGUCUCCAUUGGACUGUGA